AAUACUUUGGUAGAUCCAACUAAAAGAAAUAGCGCAGUAACUAGGCAAGCGAACAAAGUGCCAAAGCAACAAUUAGAAAAUACCGAAGAAAGUAGUGCAGUGAUUAGUGAAGAAGAAGAAGUAGAAAAAGCAAACGAACAAGAAAAAGAGUUGCAAGAUCUUAGUGAAAUGGCGUUUGAAGAAAACACAGUUGCGACGGCGCAAGAAGCGCACGAAGAACACAGCAGCAGUAGCAGCAAACAACAUAGACAUCAUAAAAAAUACCACCAACACCACCGACACCACCAACAGCAAGAACGUAAUCAGCACCACCACCAACAACACCACCAUCAUCAUCAUCAUCAUCGGCAGCAUCAGGAUACGCAACAACAGCACCUCCAAAACCCUCAUAAAACAACGCACGCUGAAGUGAAAAAUGUGACAGAAAAAAUUUCAUCAGCGACGGAAGAACGUCUAGCGGCGGAAGAGCGCCUAGCGAUGAAAGUACCCGAAACACCGAAGGCGCGUUUCACAUUGCCAGCGGUAGAAGCCGCUUCCUCAACUACACACAAAGCAGCCGCUGAAAAGUUAGCGCUAGACUCAGCGCGAUCAUCAGUUGAUGGUGGUAGCACAGAGUUCUCUAAACCCGCAUCGCACACAGCAACUGCUGCUUCCAUCACAUCCACAGCGUCUAUGUCCUCUAGCGACACAGCAGAGUUGGACGCCAGUAGUGAUAGUGUUAGUGAUGAAAGUGAUAGCGAUAGCGAUAGCGACAACGAACCUGCCACCUACAGUAAUAAAGAGAUCAUCGGUGAGAAACUCAAACCCGAUCCAUCGACUCUAGUCCAAAUUGAGAAUAGCCUAUUGUCGCUAUUCAAUAUGAAGAGGCCACCAAAAAUCGAUCGUUCCAAAAUCAUUAUACCCGAAGCGAUGAAACAAUUGUACGCACAAAUUAUGGGUUAUGAAUGGGAUUCAGUGAUGAUACCACGGCCGGGUAUAUUGACCAAAUCAGCGAAUACGGUGCGAAGUUUUACACAUAUAGAAAGUAAAAUCGACGAUCGAUUUCCGCAUCAUCAUCGGUUUCGUUUGUACUUCGACGUAAAGAGCAUACCCAACGAGGAGAAGCUAAGAGCUGCCGAGCUGCACCUGUCGCGUGACGCCAUCAGCGAUGCGGUAUUCAACGAGCGCCUUGCCAAUCGCACGCGCUAUCAGGUGCUCGCCUAUGACAUCACACGAGUAGGUGUGCGCGGCAAGCGGGAGCCAAGCUAUCUGCUGCUGGACAACAAGGCGGUGCAUCUGAAUAGCACCGAAACAGUGAGUCUCGACGUACAACCGGCGGUCGAUCGGUGGCUGGCGACACCGAAAAAGAACUACGGCCUGCUGAUUGAAGUGCGAACAUCACCUUCACUCAAACCUGCACUUCAUCAUCAUGUGCGACUGCGACGCAGCGUAGAUGAGCCACACAAAAGUUGGCAACACAAGCAGCCAGUGCUCUAUACAUACACCGACGACGGCAAGCACAAGUCGCGUUCGAUACGGGAUACCAGCUCGCGGUCGAAGCGUGCCGGCCAUCAUAGCCGAGCGCAUCGUAGGAAAAAUAGUGAUGAAAUAUGUCGGCGACAUUCGUUGUAUGUAGACUUUGCGGAUGUCGGUUGGAGCGAUUGGAUUGUGGCGCCACCCGGUUAUGAUGCAUUCUACUGUCAGGGCAAGUGUCCAUUUCCGCUUGCGGAGCAUAUGAACUCAACAAACCAUGCGGUCGUGCAAACUUUAGUCAAUAAUCUCAAUCCGGGAAAGGUACCAAAGGCCUGCUGUGUGCCCACACAAUUGGAGGGCAUCUCGAUGCUCUACCUAAACGAUCAGAAUACCGUUGUGCUUAAGAAUUAUCAGGACAUGACAGUGGUCGGCUGUGGCUGUCGGUAAUAGAAUGUAGCGCGAUGCGAGGAGAGCAACAGGCAGAAAGCCACAACAACAAUUGUUGAUAUUUCGCAACAACGAAAUAAACGAAUGCAAGCAGACACAACGAAAACCAGAAGCCAAACCAAUGUCGUCGGGCGAGUAUUACGAAUACGGGGACCGAAUAAAAUGUGUACGAUGUGUGCGUGUGCAACGGCCUAAGUAAAGACUCGCGCGCUUCACGCCUGCAGUGCGUAAUUCCAGUGCGAAGCAUAGCUAACGACUCUGUUGUGGAACAGUGAGACUCUGUUGUGGAACGGUGAGAGAGAGAGAACGAGAUAGCGAAUGUGAUUGAAUUGGUUGUGGAUGCCAAUUGGUUACCGAACGACACGAGUAGCGGCUGUAAUGAAAGAGAAUGCGAGUAGCCGCAGCCGCCAACCUCUUGCCAAAGUAUGAAAGGUCAGAGUUCAUAUGCGCCACACACGUAGGCAUACGUGAGCACACGCACCAUUGGGAGCGCAGACGAGAGAGCAUUAAAUGCUGAGUUUCAAGCCGCUUCACGCUUUAAUAAGUUUAAAUUUUAUUAAACGAUAUGCAAACAAAAUGGACUGAAUAUAUGAAUUUUAAGUAUAAAUAUUAGAAUUUAUUUUGUAAAAUAGAGCAGAUUUGAUAAGGUAAAUGAAAGCAUAGCACCACGGCGCCUUCGAACAGAGCAGAGAGUUGCAUUAAAAGAGUCGAAAGAGAGCGCACUAUUGUCACUAUUGACAGCCAGGCUGCCGAAUGGUUUGACAGUUGAGGAAUUUGAGGUAGAGAAGAGAAAGAAAGCAGUGCCCAGCAGCAGACAACAGAAUCAUCAUAGUCACUGACCGCAUGCGACAGCACGAAAUGACGAAAGUAAUGCGAUAGAUAGGCAGCGAAUGGGAGAGCGACAGAGAAAAGCUGACAGCGAUUGAGCAUAAGAGCGCUUGCCACGUAAAUAGGCUGCUGCAGCGCCACCACCAUUUCACCAACGAAGUCAGAAUCAUCGCCAGUAACAACGCCAUAGCCAACCGCCGCUUGAGUUCCUUCACGGCGUUGUUAGACAUUCGUGUCAGCCGCGCACUGCUGCCGUUGGUGUUGCCGCGUUGUCAACUAUCUUGCCGUGCGCUGUAUGUAGAUGAGCGCGCCUAGUUCUGCGCAGACGCGACUAUGACUGCGUCUGAUUGUGAGCUGUACUUACGUAUAGCUGAAAUGUAAAAAAAAAUUGUAUAGUAGUUUUAGUGAAAUGAAUUGAAAAGUUUAUUAUUAAUUUUAUAUAAA